CUCUCAUCUUUUUAAGUGGGAGAACUUGCACAGUUGGUGGCUGACUAAAUACUUUUUUGCCCCACUGUAUAACAGAUAUAAUAAUUAUUAUUUUCAGUUUUUAAAGACUAUUCACUUUCAACCAUUAUUCCUCCACAAGAAAGUUCAGAUGUUCUGUUUUGUUCGCAUACCUGACUUGAUGCUGAUUCGGCAACUUUCAACGGCAACAACGUUAGCUUACUAACUUUUGUAGCCCAAACUUAACUUCCAGUAGACUUCUGCAAAGACAACAGCAAAGUCUCUCUGGAGUAGAUUAUUUCUGAUAUCAAGCAAAAUGUAUGUUUGCUGCUUGAAUCAGAAGGGCUUAUGGAAAAUGCUAAUUAAUUCUCUGCCAGCAGGGGGUGCUCUUGGAGCGGCAGAAAUAGAGGUUUCCCUAGUAACGGCUGUACACAAAGCAGCACUGAGCUCACAAAUGCUGAUUUAUCAGGCAUUACAGGCAAGAUGAAAUGAAAUGACAUUGGUUUCCUUCAGAGAUGCAGUAGGACCUAUAAAAAAAACUUUGAUGGUGCAUCGCCCUAUCGCCCUAAUGAAGAAACUGCCCCUGGUUGCUAUUACGUAUCAGUCACUUAUUUGUGUUAGCUGGGGUCGCUAGAGAGCUUGAUCAGUGUACAGAAGUGCAAGAAAGGCAAUAGCCUGUCUCGGGCUCACUUGAUAUAACAAGCAGUGCACAAAAAAUUUCACUUGAUAGCACCCAAGGGUAUAUCAAAUUAAAUACAUUUAAUGUUUUGUCUUGUUUUAUGUGCUGAAGUGCAUAGUGAAAAAGGGAGUUCUGUUCUGUUCUCACACCCUCUGGGGAUUUUAAGUAGGCUGUGAUUUUAAGUUCUUAACUUAAGGAUUUUAAGUAUUGUGUGUGGAUGCAAAGUAAAUUUAAAAGCAGCAUAAUUUGCCAAAUUUAAAACCCAGCACAAUAAUCAUCAAAAUUUUCAAAUGAAAUUGUCAUAUUGUCUUAUAAACAAAGGUCUAAUUUUCCAGUUUGCUAAUAGUAUAAUUAGACCCGAUGGUACUUUAUUUAAAUGUCUUUUUUUAAGCAUUCUAAAAUUGAACCACAGAAAGUUUGUUUUUCUCAUGCAGAAAGAAAAAUGUAUGUGUGACAGUUUGUGAGUCAAAGUGAAACCUGUUGUGGUCUCAUUUAUUUUCUGGAACAAAAUGUGGUUUCAUUUGUUGGGUGGACAUACAGCUUGUGUACGAGAAUUCAUAUGUAGUUUGUAAGUGAAGGGUUUUUAUUCUUCUGCUGACAUGAAUAUCACAGUCUGAAUUCCACAUCAAACAAAACGUUUUACAGUGAAAUAUUAUAGUAAAUUUAUCAACACUAAUGUGCUAUUUGAAAUAAUUAUUUAUACUUUUGUAAAUACAUUAACAUUUAUGCAUUUAGCAGAUGAUAUCUUCACAGUAUACAGGUCCUUCUUGACAAAAAAAACUUGAUGAUUUAUUUACCCAACAUUCACUCAAAUAUUGUUUUCUGACUUCAUUUCACCUUCAAAAAUAUGUGUUACAGCAAACAAGACCAUAUUAACUACAUGUGUUGCGACUCCAACAUAACCACUGCAGCCACAGCUAGUAUGUGCAGACGAAGGUGUCACAUCCUGCUAGGGGAGGAUUCGGAUGCAGCAACUGGUCACUUUGAGUGUGUUUUGAGUUACUGAUGUUGGCUGCGUUUGGUGUUGAGACAGAUGAAAUAAAGUUAGUGUCAGUGAUGGAGGGAGAUUCUGUCACUCUACAGACUGAUACUGAAAUAAAAAAAGAUGAUCUAAUUCUGUGGAGAUUCGGAGCCGAAGACUCUCCCAUGGCUGAAGUCAACAGAUCAUCCCAGAUCAUCUCAGCAUCUGAAAGUACCAAAGGAUUCAAAGACAGAUUGCAUUUGGACCCCCAGACUGGAUCUCUCACUGUCAGGAACAUCAGAAGGGACCACUCUGGAAUGUAUAAAGCACAGAUCAUUGGAAAUAAGAUGAUAAGGAAAACGUUCAAUGUCACUGUUUAUGGUCGUCUGCCUGUUCCUGUCAUUAGCAGAGACUGUUUUUCUAAAUCAUCAUCAUCAUCAAAUUGUUCAUUGGUGUGUUCGGUGGUGAAUGUGGGUCAUGUGACUCUCUCCUGGUACAAAGGAAGUGGUUUAUUGUCCAGCAUCAGUGUGUCUGAUCUCAGCAGCAGCGUCUCUUUACAUCUAGAGGUGGAAUAUCAGGAUAAAAACACUUACAGCUGUGUGCUCAACAAUCCCAUCAGCCACCAGACCACACACCUGGACAUUGGUGAACUCUGUCAGAUACAUUCAGACUCAGAAUGUGUCUGCUGUUGUGACACUACUAAAGCUGUGAUCCAGUUGGUCAUCGCUGCUCUGGUGGGUGUGGCUACUGUUAUUGUUUUGAGUUAUGAAAUCACAUCCAGAAAAGCUGAACCAAAAAGACGAACUCAGACAUCAACUUCAGUCCUACACUGAUUCACUAUUACAAUCAUCUCUCUUUUGUACAUGUUUUUGCUCCUCUCUCUCGUGUUCUGAACAUUUUUUUUUUCUUUUUUGAAAAUGGUUACAAAGGAAUAAGUGUAUUUUUAUAUGCAUUGUUUUUAAUUUAUGUAUAGUCAACGUUUGUUUUUGAAAGUGUUCAUCUCAUGUCAGUUUACAUCAUAUUAAACAUGGGCCAACAGUAUCCUUUUCUUCAGGUUUGAGUUUUAAUUUUUUUUUUUAAUUCUAAAAGAAACUGAAAAUAAAACAAAAUACAAUAUAUACUACACAAAAUUGCAUGAAAUUGGGCCUAUGUUUAAAUCUAUAUUGGGAGUCCGUGUACGUUUUGAUAGUUUCAAAUUUGAAAUUAAAUAAGCAGAGACAAGAAGACUUCACAUUAAUUUGUUAUUUGGUUUGUUCAAAAAAAUUUUUUUCGUCUUUUGGUUCAUGGGUAGAAAAUGGAUAAAUGACUUCAAAAUUUGUUUUCCACAUGUGGGUGGUUAUGAGAUGCCCCUUUUCCCAUUUCCUUUGUUGGGAAAAAAAAAACUAAAAAUGCCAAAACUAAUGUUUUAUUGAAGGUGGUAUGAGCACACAGUAAAUGAUUGUGUUAGAAAGUAAGUGCAACCAUUAGGUCACAGUUUGAGGUCAACAUUUUAUUUUAUUUUUUUGUCACAUUUCUUCUCUUUUUUAAAAAAAAAAUAACAGCAAAAAUAAAAAGAGUAAAAUCCUAUUAAUAAGCUAACUGUAAGUUACCUUAUCAUAUACAGUUAACAUUUAGGAAUUUUACAUUUAUGUUUGCAUUGUAUUUAAUGUUUUCCCACAAUUUAUACAAGUUUUUUAAUUUUUGUUUAUUUCAUUAUUAUACAGUAAUAAAAUAAAUUCAUAUUUUGUUCUUAAUGAGACUGACAUGACAUACAGACCAAAUUUGCAGCUUUCAUUUACAUUAUAAAACUGUUUACAAUAACGCAUCCUUUAAUAUAGACCAUCCACUAGAGGGGGGAAAACGUUCAGAAACGUUCAGAAUUAAGCUCACAAAAAACUGUAAAAUUGACACCAGUGUACCAUGCAAUGUACAUAACAAGAUUAUCUGUACAACAGGCAAGAUCAGGGUUAAUGGCAACAUGUUCCAUCAACAGUAAAAUAACCAAAAACAAAAGUCAGUGAAAAGAAACCUAUUGUUGUGUUACUUUCCACAAGUAAAUGACAUGCAGUGUUCAUUUCAAACAUUUUCCAGUUUUAAAGGCUCAUAAAAGC